GUCGGCGUUCGGCGGGCAUGGCCUGCGCUUCUUCUAUACAUGUAUACAAUCUCACUUCUAACUUCUUGCCCCUUCUCUGACCCACCAUCUUCACCUUUCUCACAUUCACAGUCUGUCCAUACCUACGAGUAUGAAUUCCUGUGCAGUCCUCUGGUAGUAACUCCGCAGAACACAGUAAUCACGAAUACGCGCGAUCAUCGCUCGCGACCCAUCAGCAGCAGUUUCCAUCCUCAUCCGAUCAUCCGACCAACAUCAUGGCCACAAACAACACCACUGCCGCUGUCGACAUGGCUGCAAAGACAGAACCGACUGUGAACGUCGAGAAGGGAGCCCCGAAGGAGGGUAGUAUUCCGACAUCCUCCCAUGGCUCCUCCACCGCCCACCAAGUCGAGGAGGGCUUCGUGCCACAGCCCAUGUACCACGUACCUACCUACCACUCGGUCGACAUUGAGGACUACUUUCGAGGUCCGCGCGAUAUCAACCGGCACUCGAAAUGGCCGCAGUUCAUGCGCUUGCAUGGCUCGAUCGCGCCAAAGAUGAUUCUGCCUCUCACCUUCCUGGCAGCUUGGGCAAGUCUGAUUACAUGCAUCCACCAGCUGGUCCAUACUCUCGCCGUCGAUUCGGUUCUCCUGACCGUCCUGGGUUUUGUGGUCGGUUUGGCGCUUUCGUUCCGCUCUACCACUGCGUACGAGAGAUUCAUCGAGGGUCGCAAGUACUGGGCGCAGCUCAUGCUCAACGGUCGUAGCUUGGCGCGAUUGAUCUGGGUGCACACGUCUGAACGACACGCACAAUCCGAAGAGCUCGGGAAAUAUGAUCUCCUAGCCAAGGUCUCCGCCCUCCAGCUCAUCAACGCCUUUGCCGUUGCUCUGAAGCAUCGUUUGCGAUUCGAACCCUCCAUCGACUAUCCCGAUCUCGGGCCUCUUGUGGGCAGUCUUCAUGUGCUUGCCGCAGACGCCGAUCAGACCAUGCUGCAUCAGCGCCGUAUGUCGAAACUGAAGUCAGCUGGCCAGUUCCUAGGUGUCCCCAUGGCCGAGUCAAAUCCACGAAAGCUUAUCAAGCGCUCCAAGGACAAUCUGGGCAACACACCUCUGGAGAUCCUCACCUAUUUGUCUGCAUACGUCGAGAGUACUAUUCACAACGGCACACUCACCAUCGGAGGUCUCCAGUCGCAAGCGAUAACACAGCUGUUCAACCUUAGUGACGUCCUGGCUGGCUGCGAGCGCGUUGUCAACACGCCACUCCCAGUAGCAUACAGCAUUUCCAUUGCACAGAUCACAUGGGCGUAUGUCCUCAUGUUGCCGUUCCAGCUUGCGAACAAGCUCGAGUGGGUCGCGAUUCCAGCAACUAUCAUCGCCGGCUACAUCAUUCUCGGACUUGCACAAAUUGGUCGCGAGCUGGAAAAUCCUUUUGGCAUGGAUGUGAACGACUUGCCUCUGGACUCCUUCUGCCACGAGCUGGCCAACGAUAUCGAUGCUUUGACUGCUCUGCCGCCACCAAACGACACCACACAAUGGAUGCAGAGCGCACAAUCGAGACCACUCUGGCCAAUGAGCAACAUGGAGUUCAAGGCACUGGAGAGCCGAAGCGUGGAAGACAUCCGGGCUGCGCUCCGAGCCAAGGCUGCGAGUCGCGAUGUGAAGAAGGACCGAAUGGCGACGUUCUAUCAAAGUGACGCGUUGACAAACGAGGGUUAACGAGCGGAGAAACGACUGUAACAAAUCAACUUUUCAUAAAAGUCUAGCGUUCUGGCAUGGCGAUGGUUGGACAUGCAAAGUCCUGGGCAAUACAGAUUCAACCAGGCACAAAAUCUCAGCAC